GGUUUUAACUCAACAGGUGGAAAUUGGCAAUUUCAUUUAGUUCUGCCAUGGAGAUGAAUCGCAUUUGUUGUUACCUCUGUCUACUCGGGCUGCUGGGAAUCGGAUUUACCGUAGAAACAGCACGACGUCUGCGUUAUAUGGUGAAUUUUCAUGGCUUCGACUGCAUCAAUAGCUGGUCGAUCAUCAAAAACUGGAGCUGUGUCAUCGCCGAGAAUGGCAAUAUCAACACAGAAUUGACACUGCUUGAGCCCAUGCCUGUGGUCUGGAUCAACUGUAAGCUGAUUGUCUUGCGACCCCCACAGAAAACUGAAAUGAUUAUCUUCAAUACCACUUUGGAUAUCUGUAAACUGCUAAGCAACGGCAGUACGGCUAACAAGAUAGUUACCUCUAUCUAUCAGACGAUGCUGAAGGCGACCAAUUUGGUACCACAGUGUCCCAUUAGGAGGGUAAGUACAUUGGAUGUAGAGGUCGUCUGCUGUAUAGAAGCUCAUUCCUCUUCUAUAGGGCCUACUGUACUUCCAUAACAUGGGUAGUUUGGAAAAAUUGCCGGCUUUUAUGCCAGAGAUG